GGCAACCGCAUCAAAUACUCUGAAUUUAUCAUGUGUUUGCUGCGGUCAUAUGGAGAACCACAACAAAAAGGCCUUUUAAAUUUUGAGAUCUUGCUUCUUCUCCCAAUCCCCCUCCCAGAAAACCCUACGGCCCAACCUUGGUGCAGCCACAACCAGCUCCUCCCUGACGGCCCUCGCCGACGCUCCUUGCUGACGUCCCUCACCGACAUCCCUCACCGACGUCCCUCGCUGAUGCAACUGCAGAGUACCGUAGCCUCUGCCUCGGCCUCACAACCCUGUUGUAAAGCCCCCUUGUGCCUCCGACUUGGAUACUAUUUCUCCUCUCUUUCAAGUGUAUACGACAUCCAUGGCGGCACUGAAGCUGCAAACUUCAACUCUAUUAACCUUCUAAAAAACUUAUCAGAUGGGUAAUUGAAGUCACAGGAGCACCCGGAACUUUGUAUGCUAACGAGACAUAUGAGCUUCAGGUUGAAUUUCCUUAAAAUUACCCUAUUGAUGCUCCUCAGGUUAUUUUGUUCAGCCAGCUCCUCUCCAUCCUCACAUUUAUAGCAAUGGACAUAUCUGUUUAGGUUAGCUUCACUACCAUGAACUUCAGGAAUGAUCAGGAAUGAAUGAUGUUCAGAGUCGUUAAUAUAUAUGCAGAAAUCUUACACAGGGUACCUCCAUAGAUUACCAGGAGCAUUGCCUCUCAAGGUUUUCGUUGGAUACUCAAUUUACAAGGACAACUCACCUAAGUGAUUGAGAUGAAAAGGAAGAGAAGAUGAGACAUCACACUGAGCAAGGCGCUCGAUAUGGUGAAAAUAGAAAAAAAGGAUAACUUAUUGUAUGUUGUUAGUGACGAUGAACUAUAUAGUGAUGGUAAUUUGUAUUGUAUUAUUUAUGAAUAUUGGAUAUAUGAUUUUUUGGGAAUUAUGAUUGUGAUUUGUGCUGAUACGAUACUCAGAUGUAUAAAUGC